CCUUGCGUGUUUUAUCAGAGACCUCGAUUUCGGCGACUACCGGUUGAUGCAUUUUCAUCCUGUGCACGUCAUUUAAAUGAUACGGGUAAAAGUCCGUCCACUUCAGUGGAACUCAAAACUGAGGACAGCCAGAAGGAUUUGCCGAGCAACGAGCAAUUGUUUUAUGUUGAUUGGCUCACUGAUCUUUUGGUGCCGAAGUUUUUGAGCGAUCGAGCACUCUAUGUGAAAUUCAUGCAGCUAUGCACCAAAGAUAUUGUCUACGACGACCAGAUUUUUAAUCGCCACACCGAGUAG